AUGGGGCUGCUCUCGAUAUUUCCAGAGAGUCUUGCCGUGGUAGAGACGUGGAUCACGCGAGCAUUUCUAUUCCUAGGCAUCGUCACCAUUGGCCCAUGGGCGGCACUGCUCAUCUACGACCUCGUCCUCUACGUCUUCCGCACGCUUACAUACGAGGUACCAGUCGUCGGCGGACGUGCUCGAGGCAAAGCGCGACCACGGGCCCCGAGCCUUACAGAAAGACCCACUGGUUCACGCCGGCGCUUCAGUCUUGCUCGACGGCCAGAAGACUCGACGCAGAGUACAGGAGGGGAACGAGUGGAUGCGCCGGAUGCGCGGUUUCGCCAUAUAGCAGAGGAGAAGGAUGCGGGCUCGUCAGUAACUUGA